AAAAAGUCCUUAGAGAAGGGGUUUGGCUCAAGUGUGCACACGCGGCCGCGUCUGCGCCAACACGUGUUUGUAUAGGGUGAAUAGCUUCAACAACCCAGAUCGCACAAAACAAAAUUUCCAUUCGCAAACCCAGACGCAUUCUUCAUCUCUAGUCACGAACGUUUGUAACAACAAAUUCAUGAAAUUGAGCUUCUACAACAGUCAAAUCACCAUUCAAGACCCUGGUCACGAAUGGCAAAGCCUUCGCUAUGCACUCCCUGAAUCAUCUCCUGAAUUGCGUUCGGGCUCGCCUUAGUACAAAAGAAACCUCAAUCAAGCCAAAAGACCCCGAAACACCCGCCGAAAACAUCCUCCAUAAUCGCAAGACUUCCAAUAACGAUUCGAUCAAGAGCGACUUCGCCAAAAUGGAAGAAGAACGCAUUGCUCUUGCCCGAGCGCAAACCACUCUCGACUUCUACGGUCACUUGAAGGCUCUCGACAAGGUACACCUGGAUAUGAAGCCAGAUCCCACUCUGGUGGACGAGUUUGGCCGCAUGUUUACCUAUGCUCUGUUGCGCGAGGCGAAGGAUCCGAAGAAGGUGUUCCAGAUUGAGCGCUUUGUGGAGCUUCAUCGACGGGCAACGGAAUUCUGGUUCAAGUAUGGUGAGAAGAGGAGAGAGAACUGUAAGCAACCUUCUAAUCUUCUCCCAACCACCCUAAGUCCUCUGGGAGUGGAAGGCUCCCGUGUGUGCCAACACACACUGACAUGCCAACAGGGGACUCUAUCUUCAUCUCGCCUGAAGACGAACGUCUGAAUAUCAGGUUGCUACGGGAGUAUGAUCGAAAGUGGAACAU